AUGCGGCGGAGCGAACUGGUUACACUCUCCGAGGACCGGGCGACGCAGCUGGCGCCGAUGCUGUCGCCGAGGCAGCUGGCACGGCUGGCUGUCGGCUUCGGCGAAGGAAAGGCCAGGAGUGUUCACUGGACGGUGAUGGCAGAUUUUCGCAUUGUGAGAUUUUUGCGAUGGGCAUUUGGAAAGCUUGCCUUGGCCAUCGGCCUUGGCAUAUGGAUAACAUUGGGUAACAGUCAUGCUCUGACACGUGCCUCGGCCUUCUCCGCACCCGAUGUCCUCCGGGUGCUGGCGGGCUUCGAUGCAGCCAACGUCCAGCAUCCAGGUUUUCUGAAGACUUUCUGGGCGCUUGCUGCUGAAAAGCAGGCAAAGUACCUGGUGGAGGAGCUCCUGGCCCUCCUGCAGCUUUGGCCCCGUCUCCCACCUGCGCUGCGCGUGGCGGAGUUGCCGGACUCGCUGAUGAAGCACUUGCGCGGGCGGCUGGAGAAGGGCAGCAGGGGAGUCGGUUGGUAUGCACCUGCUGAGCUCGCCACAGAGCUCAUCGAGUGGCUCCCUGCCAGCAGGGCAUUGACGGAUCGUGGCAUGGACGGGCGCCUCGUCCGCGCUUCCAUGGCCCAGCUGCCACGACAGCUGCAGUCCGCACCACCAGCGCUGCGGGAGAGGUUGCUGGCCGCCUUGACCCUUCGAGACGAGGACAUCCUGACGAAAGCUCGCAGUGAGGCGCAGCAGUCAGAGGCCCUCCAGCGUGCCUUGGCAAAAGUCGCGCAGGAGCUCAUCCCUGCUGUGCGGCAGCCAGCAGUGCGCAAGCUUGCGGCAGACACGGCCUUCGGCUGCGCUGCUCUGGGCUUCGAUGGGCCAGCGCUCCGCGAUCUUCUGGGUGUGCUCUUGGAAGACAUGGACAUCGAGGUGGGACCGGCAGCGAGGAUCUGCUGGGCCUGCGCAGAGGUGGGCGUGCACGCCAGCGCUGCGCGUGCACUUCUUUCUCGUCUGGCGGCGGCGGGUGCGACUCCAAGCGCGAUCGAGGAGAAAGCGCGGGCCGCAGCUCCGACGCCUUGGCGUCUUUGUUUGCCACGGUGGCCGUGCUAG